AUGACCGCUAUCAAACCUGAGACUUCGGGAUAUGGAAACUCGUACCAGGGGGGUGCAGCGUCCUCGGAUCCUACGGUCUCUUCACAGGCACUGUCCAACGACCCGGAAGCCGAUAUCUACGGAUAUGGCAACAGUGAGAUUCCGGAAGGUCGCGUGAACGCGUGGGAGAGCCGAUUCGGAUGGAGGAUUGACCUAAUGGCUGCGGCCGCUUAUAUUGGAGGCCCUAUCACUGCAUUAAUUUUCCUCAUCCUCGAGACGCAGAACGACUAUUCCGCCCUGCUUACAACACCGCUUGUGCUGUUCAUGAUCAUCACCAACAUGCUGAUCCCGCUUCCCGCCUUCUUGCGGACGCUUAUCAUUAUUGUUGGUGUCGGAGCCACAUUGUUUGCAGCGUACCGAGCCUGGAAGGACGCGCAGGAGGGUCUCAGCCGCUACUGGCUGCCUUACAUUGGAGAGCGUGCCGAGCGCUGGGUCAACGAGGAGUAG